CGUAUCUAUUUCUAUCCCGUGUAUUGUUAAUUGCCUGUCUCCAAAUGCAGAUAGCAACUAGUAGGUUGUAAAAGUCGAUUUCCUCAUCCACAGCCUCUCUACCCAGUACAUAUCAGGUACUUGGUAACUUGUUAAAGGAAAUCAAUCAACCCAUUAACAGCAGAAUCUGAAACCGGGGGAUUCAAAUCACUCCAAUAAAAAUCAUUCUUUCAUCCCGUAUUAGUGCGACUCAGAUGUAUUCGUGUCUGGCCAACAACACAUUUUCUCCCCUAUUUUAUCUUUUCUUCUUCUGUUCGCCGACUCCCCUAAAGAACCCUCCUGUCCCCAGCUACAAAUAACAAGAAUAUUCACACAUCUCAACGUAAACAGACACAUAGUACACGCCCUUAAACCUAUAGCUACGCAAUCAACUCGCGCCGCCAAGUCCGUCCGCCUAUCAGUUCCCCCUACUCCUCAUCCGCCUUCACUUUCGUUCCUGUCUAUCUGCGUGGCUGCAAGCAGGACAUGGCUUUGCCUCAGCCGGUAAUUGCUACAAACCUCUGCCUCGUUAGCUCUCUCAGCGGCGGUCGAUAGCCCCUUGCCCUACAGCUUCCUUGAGCAGCGGCAAUGGCUAAACUCACCCACCCGCCGCCCUCACUUAGGAUUGGCCAUGAUAAAGACGUACUGGACGUUUCCCACGGGCCAACGGGGCUACAACGGCGCUCCCAUAACCCUUUUCGCCUCCGCUCUCCCCACCUCACCCCCUGGCCCGGUAUUUAACCUCUUCGCGUCCACCUUUGUUGUCGUGACUCUCUUUUGCGCGCGGAGUGUCUGGUUGGGAGAGCUACAUGGCUAAUCUGGUAAAGACAGAAGACCAGUCCUGUCCACGCAUUCAUCUGUCGAACAUUUUUCUAAUUUGCUUGUGGAACCUGACUUCCUGUGGAACAAGUGUUGCGAGCUCAGAAUGCAGUGAGGAGCUGUUUUCAUCCGUUUCUGUUGGAGAUCAAGAUGAUUGCUAUUCCCUGUUAGAUGAUCAAGAGUUCACUUCCUUUGAUUUAUUCCCUGAGGGGAGUGUCUGCAGUGAUGUGUCUUCUUCUAUUAGCACUUACUGGGAUUGGUCAGAUAGUGAGUUUGAAUGGCAGUUACCAGGCAGCGACAUUGCCAGUGGGAGUGAUGUGCUUUCUGAUGUCAUACCCAGUAUUCCAAGUUCACCUUGCCUGCUUCCUAAAAAGAAAAACAAGCACCGGAAUUUAGAUGAACUUCCUUGGAGUGCAAUGACAAAUGAUGAGCAGGUGGAAUAUAUUGAAUAUCUGAGUCGUAAAGUCAGUACUGAGAUGGGUCUUCGGGAGCAACUUGACAUUAUUAAAAUCAUUGAUCCUUCUGCUCAAAUCUCCCCAACAGACAGUGAGUUUAUUAUUGAACUUAACUGUCUCACAGAUGAAAAACUGAAGCAGGUCAGAAACUAUAUCAAGGAGCAUAGCCCUCGCCAACGGCCUGCAAGAGAGGCCUGGAAGAGAAGCAACUUUAGUUGUGCAAGCACCAGUGGAGUGAGCGGUGCCAGUGCCAGCGCCAGCAGCAGCAGUGCCAGCAUGGUCAGUUCUGCAAGCAGCAGUGGGUCCAGUGUUGGAAACUCUGCUUCAAACUCCAGUGCCAACAUGAGUCGAGCACACAGUGACAGCAACCUGUCUGCAAGUGCAGCAGAGCGGAUUCGGGAUUCAAAAAAGCGAUCCAAACAGCGAAAGUUACAGCAGAAGGCCUUCCGUAAAAGGCAGCUGAAAGAGCAGAGGCAGGCCCGGAAGGAGAGGCUAAGCGGGCUGUUCCUUAAUGAAGAGGUGCUGUCCUUGAAAGUGACUGAGGAAGACCAUGAAGCAGAUGUUGACGUUUUGAUGUAGUAAGGAUGAAUUGAUCAGCGUUCUUUCUAAGCACUAAAGUAUUCUAUCCUUAUUGGUUUACAUGCAUCUUGACCAAAAUUUUGGUUAGGGCUGUGCUGAUAUACCAUUAAUAAUUUAAGCCAGUUGUUCUUAGUGGGUGGUCCAGGGACCUGCAGCUUCAGCAUUACCUGAGAAGUUGAGAAGUUGUUAGGAUGCCUACUAUUGGGCCCACCCCUGACCUAGUGAAACAAACCUGAGUGAAGGGGCCCAACAAUGUGUUUUAACAAGUGCCAGGUUAUUCUUAGGCACAUUCUAGUUUAAGAACCACUGACUUGGGUAAGUGUUUUGACUAUUUAAACAUUAUGGUGGUUAAGCAGGCUUUUUCAAAGACCUUAGUACUUUUACAGUUUAGAAGAUUUCAAAGUACUGCUGACAAAUAGUUUAUUGUGUCAGCAUACAUACAUGUUUGAAGAUAACUCUGUUCCCUUCUUAAUGUUAUAAUUUCUUAGUUUACUUUUUCUAAGGGGCCAUAGCAUAAUUCUUGAUAACUGGUAGAAAUCUUUUUUUGAGGUGUGGGAGUGGGCAAGGUGUGGAUUGCUGUUUACAAUAGUGCCUUCAUUAGGUUUAGUUCUAUUUUCAUUCAUUCUUAACUCAAAGGUAUAAUAACAGGCCCUAAUCUUUUUCCUGUUAGAUUUAUUUUUUUCACAUUAUGUAAAUUCAGUAUUCUUUUUGUAACUUAUGACUACUGAGGAAAUGUUACUAGUAGCUGAAUUUUAGACUUGAUGUUAUGUUGAUUAAUAUUCAAAUGGAAAAGCAAUUAGGCAAAAGAACCAGUUCUGCUUUUCCAUUGCUUACUGAAAUUUUAAGUUGUAAAAUUGUCUCAGAGGCAAAAAAUAAGUCUCUUUAUCUCUCUCAAUUUUUUGUUGGUUUAUUUUUUUUCCAGCACAGCUCUAAUUUUUAAAUAUUUGGAAUAAUAGCUUCUGGCAUGUGACCUGGUUAAUAUUCAAAAUUAUCUAAUGGAAACCCUUACAGUUCUGCUAAUCUCUGUAAAUUAGAUAUAUACAGAGUAAUAAGAUAUAGAAACUUUAGGUUGUUGGUUAUUAAUAGAACCCUAAUUUUAAAUGUGAAAUCAUAGAGUAUCUUUACAUGUUUUUGUAGAGAGUUUGUUGUUAUGAACAUUGGGAAUUUUGUGGUUCCUUUUCUUCUCCUACGUCUUGAACAUUCACAUGGGUUAAAGAAGAUGAAAACUAAUACUACUGACAAUCAAGCUGCUUUCUGACUUUGAUAAUAUUCUUUGUAUUGUAGGUAAUCAUGGUUCUGUAGGAAGAGUUUUAGUCAAUAUUUGUUAAACUCUGGAAUCCAGAAGUUAAUAGGAUUUCUACUUUUUAAUUUUAGUUAUAUUGAGUAGCUUGUUCAGAAAAAGAUUAAUAACUUUAAUUCUUAGUUGAUAUAAAGGCUUAAACUUUGCUUAUAAUCAAGUGUAUUAAAUUUUUUUAUUUCAUUCUGGUUUCCUAAAUACUAAAGAAUGAAAACUGAGGAUAAAAAUUGAUGCAUUGCAGCUUUGCUGAGGUCUGUGGUAUGGUUGUAACAUUUUGAAGACUACUAAGGUCAUAAUUUAAAUUUUUACUAAAAUAAAGGUAAAUGUCUAUUGUUUUCAA